CCUCCAUAAAUGGUCCCACCCCGGGCAAGGUGGCUCACUCUGGCAGGUAGCAACGGGGAGAGUGCACCUGCCACCAGUCAAGCUCAGCCAGACUGCGAGACAAGGCGGAGCAAGCAGAGUGAGUGAGUGAACCAUGGACAAGUUGAAGUGCCCGAGCUUCUUCAAUUGGAGAAGGAAGGAGAAAGUGACGGCUUCAUCUGAGAAUUUCCAUGUUGGUGAAAAUGAUGAGAAUCAGGACCGUGGUAACUGGUCCAAAAAAUCAGAUUAUCUUCUGUCUAUGGUUGGAUACGCAGUGGGCCUGGGAAACGUGUGGAGAUUCCCAUAUUUGACCUACACCAAUGGAGGAGGUGCCUUCUUGAUACCUUAUGCGAUUAUGCUAGCAUUGGCUGGUUUACCCUUGUUCUUCCUAGAGUGUUCACUGGGACAAUUUGCUAGCUUAGGUCCAGUUUCAAUUUGGAGGAUUCUUCCAUUGUUUCAAGGUGUGGGAAUUACAAUGGUCCUGAUAUCCAUUUUUGUGACAAUCUAUUACAAUGUCAUAAUUGCCUAUAGUCUUUACUACAUGUUUGCUUCUUUCCAAAGUGAACUACCGUGGAAAAAUUGCUCCUAUUGGGCGGAUGCAAACUGUAGCAGAUCGCCUAUAGUAACUCACUGUAACGUAAGUAUAAAACUAGGAGAGAUCAUCCAAAUGAACAAAACCUGGGUAGACACCAACAAUUUUACCUGCGUCAAUGGAAGUGAAGUUUAUCAGCCAGGGCAGCUUCCCAGUGAACAAUAUUGGAAUAAAGUGGCACUCCAACGGUCAAGUGGAAUGGAUGAAACUGGGGUAAUUGUGUGGUAUUUAGCACUUUGUCUUCUUCUGGCUUGGCUCAUAGUUGGAGCAGCGCUAUUCAAAGGAAUCAAGUCUUCUGGCAAGGUGGUAUAUUUUACAGCUAUUUUCCCCUAUGUUGUUCUACUCAUCCUGUUAAUACGAGGCGCAACUCUGGAGGGUGCAUCAAAAGGCAUUUCAUACUACAUAGGAGCACAGUCAAAUUUUACAAAACUUAGGGAAGCUGAGGUUUGGAAAGAUGCUGCCACUCAGAUAUUUUACUCCCUUUCCGUGGCUUGGGGUGGCUUAGUUGCUCUAUCAUCUUAUAAUAAGUUCAACAACAACUGCUUCUCAGAUGCCAUUGUAGUUUGUUUGACAAACUGCCUCACCAGUGUGUUUGCUGGAUUCGCUAUUUUUUCUAUAUUGGGACACAUGGCUCAUAUAUCUGGAAAAGAAGUCUCUCAAGUUGUAAAAUCAGGUUUUGAUUUGGCAUUCAUUGCUUAUCCAGAAGCUCUAGCCCAACUCCCAGGUGGGCCAUUUUGGUCCAUCUUAUUUUUCUUCAUGCUUUUGACUUUGGGUCUCGACUCUCAGUUUGCUUCCAUCGAGACGAUUACAACAACGAUUCAAGAUUUAUUUCCCAAAGUGAUGAAGAAGAUGAGGGUUCCCAUAACUCUGGGUUGCUGCUUGGUUUUGUUUCUUCUUGGCCUCGUCUGUGUGACUCAGGCUGGAAUUUACUGGGUUCAUCUGAUUGACCACUUCUGUGCUGGAUGGGGCAUUUUGAUUGCAGCUAUACUGGAAAUAGUAGGAAUCGUCUGGAUUUAUGGUGGGAACAGAUUCAUUGAAGAUAUAGAAAUGAUGAUUGGAGCAAAAAGGUGGAUAUUCUGGCUAUGGUGGAGAACUUGCUGGUUUGUCAUUACACCUAUCCUUUUGAUUGCAAUUUUGGUCUGGUCUCUGGUGAAAUUUCAUAGACCUGAUUAUGCCAAAAUCCCAUACCCUGACUGGGCAGUUGCUCUAGGCUGGUGUAUGAUUAUUUUCUGCAUUAUCUGGAUUCCAAUUAUGGCUACUGUAAAAAUAAUUCAAGCUAAAGGAAACAUCUUUCAACGCAUUGUAAGCUGCUGCAGACCAGCUUCCAACUGGGGUCCGUAUCUAGAACGACAUCGUGGGGAGAGAUAUAAAGACAUGGCAGACCCCAAAACAGAGACUGACCAUGAAAUACCUACUGUUAGUGGCAGCAGUAAACCCGAAUGAGAUCUAAUUUUUAAAAAGAUAUGGUUGUAUAAUGUGAUCAUUUUAGAAUAGAGGAAAACUUUAUUUAUUUGUAUGUUAAUUGAGUAGAAAAAUGUAUAUACUAUGUUCAUAAUAGUGUAAGUUUUUUUCCCAUUUAAGCAGGAAUGUAAUAUAAAAAUGUGAAUUUACUAAUGUUGGCAAUGUGAUUAUUAUAUCUCUUUUUAGAUUAUCUGUCUAACACAUAAAUAGCUGUCUCUAUUUCACACUCCAUUUUUGUAAAUAUUACCAUAUUUUUCUAAUAUAUUUAAGACUUUAUUUUGAGCUGGUUAUUUAGAAAAUAGUUAUGUUUUCUAUUAUACAAGUUUUAAAAUACUAUUUGCUUAUAUUUUCUUAGUGCAUAAUCUUUUUCAUAAAGCUAGGGAAAAUAAAUCAGUGUAUUUAAAAGAAAGCAUUAACACUGAAGGUUUCAUUUAGUUAGAAAUGCCAUAUAUAUGGAGAAAAUGGACUGUGCAUAUAAUACAACUAUAAUUUAAUACUUUAGAUCCAAAUAUGUCUAAAAACUUCACGCAUUUAUGACUUUUUCUAUGUGGACUUAGUGGUCAUGUUCUUAAUUUACAAAUCAUGAAAUAAGACAGAAAAAUAAGGAUUCUAUGACUAGUAAUUAGUAAGGAUCCUUUGGCCAGUAAGUGAUAAACCUAGGAAACAGAAUUCAGAAGCUUUGAGUACUACUUCUUUGCCCAUAUAAUGUCUUCCUGAGGUUGUAUUUGGAAGAAAAAUAUGACCCAUCUAAUUUCUAUUAUGUAUCACAAAAUUAGGAGGAGUUCAUUAUACCCUCUGAAAUCUAGGUUUAAUUUCAAAUAGAACACGGAACAAAAUACUGAGGAAAUGGCUUCAAUCAAAUCUAAGAUUUUAUGAUUGUGAUAUACAGUUAAUAGAUCAAGUAAAAUAACUGUCUUAUUUAAAUAAGUUACUACCUACAGGUGAUAACUUAUUUACAUACUUAUAGGAGAUAAACUUGUCAAGAAUAAGGUAGCCAAAUUAGAACAUCCUAUGUCCCAGUUUCCUUAAAAAAUAUAAUGAAAACAUAUUAUAUCACCACUACGUUUAUACAUUGAUUAUAUAUUAUUGACAAUUGGUUGAAAUGGCCCAGGAUGAUGAACAUUGCCUAAAGAUGUAAGAAGCUUUUCAGCUAUUCUCAAGGUUCUUAACCUGGGCUUCAGAGAAUGUAUGAAACUGAAUUUCCAUGUAAUAUUUUUCUAUGUGUAUGUGUACAGGCAUUUUUCUAAGGAGAGAGUCCAUAGUUUUCAUCAGAAUAUCAAAGGGAUCUGUGACUCAGAAAAGUUUAAGAACCACAUACACUACUGCUGGCUUUUAGUUCUUGGUGAGUGAGGAAUACAAGGAGUCAUCUUAAGCCUUAAUGUCUUAGACAUUUUAAAUUCAUUUUCCUCUUCCUUUUGAUCAAAGAGUAAAGAAGUAAGAGGUUAAGGUAUUCCUUUAAUUUAUCCUGGUAAUUUACUUUGGGGACAUGAAGGUAGAUAAACAGGUAGGCCUGUAAGUGAACAAUCUCAGUGAGUUAUAUGCAUAUAUAUAAGAUGAACUCGUGUUAGAUAUCUUGAGGGUUUUCUUUGAGGGUAGGUCAAAUGCUGUUAGUGAAUUUCAACAGAUUGGUAAUUCCUGUUAUACUGUAUUUUGUAAAAUAUUAUUUGAAAUAGAUGGCUGAUGAGAACUUAGAAAUACAUUUUAAUUUUAAUCCAUAUUACAUGUAUUCUACCAUUAUAUUUUGGUGCUGUUUGAGGUACAGAUUUUUCAACAAAUAGACAAAUGCAUGCAAUUUUCUAUAGGUGACUCUGGCAAUUCAGGGAAGAUUUAGGCACAUUUCUAAUAAAAUAAUAUCUAGUUGUUGGUGGUGGGGGGUGAUGGGAAGAAAUAUCCUUCAAGAGCUGACCACAAAGAGUAGUUAAGAGUUUGUGUGACUAUCUUCACAAGUAUUUGUAAAGCACAGAUCUUAACAGUGUGCCUGGUAUAUUUUAGGGUGCUCCAUGAUAACUGUUAUUAUUAGUACAGAGAUUCAACAAUGGUAAGAAAGAGUAUUCUGCAUAAUGGAAAAAGUCUCAUCAAAUCCCAUUGACUUUAAUGCAAACUUGGAGACAUUUGCAGUAUUGCUCUGUAAACCACUAGAGAAAACUGUUUUUUCACACUUAAGUGAAAUCAAAACACUGUAUCUCAACUGUAUUAUUUUUACUGUAGCUUAUUUUUUUAAAAGAAACUUUUCCCCCCCAUUGUACUUUUAUUCCUUCCCCAAUAAACUAUAUUUUAGCAACA